CACAAAAGAACUAACUGCAGCGCCCCAAUAGCCUUUUUUUUCCCUUCCCAACAGAGAGGCCUAACUUAAGUUUUCUUUUCGAAGCAAUUUCUGUUUCAUAUUUUUCUCUUCUCAUUCCUAAUGGGGAAAACCUCGUAUUGUCGUAUCCAUUGAAAGACACAACGAUCUAUGAAAGUUAUCAUAGGACUUGAAUCUUAAGUGGAUGCAAUAGGAAAGGCAAUAGAUAAGGAGGCAAAUCAGCAUUGGUUAUUUGCUAUACUCUGUGAUUGUAGGAGUAGUCUGAAAAGAGAAGUUACAGGUUAGUAGUCAUCAUGGUAACAAAAGGAAAUCCAGGAGACAAUAGAGGGAAAAGCUCGGCUUCAAUAUUUGUUGUGGCAGGCCUAUGUUGUUUCUUUUAUCUUUUGGCAGUGUGGCAAAGAAGUGGUUUUGGAAAGGGCGACAGUAUAGCUCUUGAGAUAACAAAGAAGGCAGAGGAUUGCAAUGUGCUUCCCAAUCUGGAAAUCCAAACUCACCAGCAAACUGUAGGUGCUGAGGAAGAAGUGAAGCAAUUCGAGGCUUGUGAUGAAAUGUACAUUGAUUACACUCCUUGUCAUGAUCAGUUGCGUGCAAUGACUUUUCCUCGGGAGAAUAUGAUGUAUAGGGAGAGGCACUGUCCUCCGGAUGAAGAGAAACUGCGCUGUCUUGUUCCUGCACCAAAAGGAUAUGUGACACCCUUCCCAUGGCCAAAGAGCCGUGACUAUGUUCCUUUUGCAAAUGCACCUCAUAAGAGUUUGACAGUGGAGAAGGCGGUGCAAAACUGGGUUCAGUAUGAAGGUAAUGUAUUCAGGUUUCCUGGUGGUGGGACGCAGUUUCCCCAAGGUGCAGAUGCUUAUAUCAAACAACUUGCUUCUGUGAUUCCGAUCGACAAUGGUGUUGUCAGAACCGCAUUAGAUACAGGAUGUGGGGUUGCAAGUUGGGGUGCAUACCUUUUUGAGAAGAAUGUGAUUGCCAUGUCAUUUGCACCAAGAGACUCACAUGAAGCUCAGGUACAAUUUGCACUAGAAAGAGGUGUGCCAGCAGUGAUUGGUGUUCUUGGAACCAUAAAACUACCAUACCCUGCAGGUGCCUUUGAUAUGGCUCAUUGUUCACGGUGCUUGAUACCAUGGGGUGCAAAUGGUGGGAUCUAUAUGAUGGAAAUCGAUAGAGUUCUUAGACCAGGAGGUUACUGGAUACUUUCAGGUCCUCCAAUCAACUGGAGGAAUAACUUUCAAGCGUGGAAACGUCCGAAGGAGGAUUUGGAGGAGGAACAAAGGAAUAUUGAAGCAAUUGCAAAAAGUCUGUGCUGGGAAAAGAAGCAUGAGCUUGAUGAGAUUGCUAUAUGGAGAAAAGCAACAAAAAAAGAGUACUGUGGACAGGAUUCUGGGGUAGUUAAUAAGUGUACACCAACCACCGGUGCAAUAGAUGAUGUUUGGUACAAGAAGAUGGAAGCAUGUGCAACUUCUUACCCAGAGUCUACAAGUUUGGAUGAAAGUGGGGAACUCAAACCAUUUCCAGAGAGACUGAAUGCUGUUCCUCCGAGAAUCAGUGGUGGAUCCAUUCCUGGACUCUCAGCUGAGUCAUUCAUAGAGGACAACAAGUUGUGGCAAAAGCACGUAAAAUGGUAUAAAAGAGUUAACACAAUCCUUGAUAGCGGGAGGUAUCGCAACAUUAUGGAUAUGAAUGCUGGUUUGGGGAGUUUUGCCGCUGCAAUUGAGUCUCCCAAAUUGUGGAUCAUGAAUGUGAUGCCCACAAUAGCCAACAUUGAAAACCUUGGCAUUAUAUUUGAACGGGGAUUGAUUGGCAUAUUCCAUGACUGGUGCGAAGCUUUCUCCACCUACCCGAGAACAUAUGAUCUCAUUCAUGCCAAUGGAAUUUUCAGCUUAUAUAAGGACAGGUGUAGCACCGAGGACAUUUUAGUAGAGAUGGACCGGAUUCUAAGACCAGAUGGUGCAGUUAUCUUGCGAGACAACGUUAAUGUUCUAACCAGGGUGAGAAGAACAGUGAGAGGAAUGAGGUGGAAGACGAAAUUUGUAGAUCAUGAGGACGGCCCUCUAGUCCAAGAAAAGGUCCUUUUUGCUGUCAAACAGUACUGGGUUGUUGGGGACAACAAAAACACAACAGUUUCGCCGUGAAUGCUGCUCAUCAAUGCUCCCAAGCUUGGUUUGUUUGAUUCACCAAUAGCUACACCUUGUUUCUAUUUUAAAAAAUAUAUGUACAUGUUUCUGCUGCUUUUAUUACGCCACAUUGUAAUGAAAUAGUCAGAGUAGUAAUUUUAUAAGAGAAUGUCUAAUCAUGCACAGUAAAAACCAGCCCUAAAUUACUAAAAACCAUGCUGUUUUUUUACUUGCAACCAAUUUAUUUGUUGCAUUCUAUAUAUCAGAAACUUGUAGCA